UGUACGUGCGACGCGAGUCUCCGAGAGGCCGUCGGCAAUCCGUAUUUCCUUCGAUCGCCCGCGGCAACGUCAGAAUGCCGAAUUACGCGGAACAGGACAAUUUGGCCGCGGUGGACAAGAAAGAGAUCCAGCAAAACGUCGAUUUGUCGUUGGCGAUUACGCGAAGGCUGCUCCAAAUGAUAGGACUAUGGCCUUACGCGACUUACUCGAAAGUUUGGCGAAUGCUUUUGAUCGCCCUUGUUUCCUUCGUACUGAUGUUUGUCGCUGUGCCGGCCGCUCUAUACGUGGCGAUCGUCGUCAAUGAUUUAGAGAUGCGCCUUCAAUUACUCGGACCACUGAGCUUCGUUUGUAUGAAUAUUUUCAAGUAUUUCGCGGUGUUAUUUCAAGAGGACCAGCUUGAACAGUGCAUCGAGCGGAUCACUAACGAUUGGCGAAUGGUGUGCAGCCAAAUGAAGAAUUAUCUGAUGCGCGAGAACGUCAAAUAUGCCAAGUCUUUCACGACAGUCUGCGUCACUUGCACCUACAUGGGCGUCAUGUCGUACGGUAUGUUUUUCAGCUUCGUCAUGGACCCCAUCAUCGUCGGCAACAAUACAUAUAGAAUAUUCGCUUUCCCGAGCCACUUCAUUUUCUUCAACUCCUUCGACUACUUCAAGCUGAUCUACACGAUACAAAUGAUGUGCGUCUUCGCACUGUGCACAAUUACCUUGAGCGUGGAGAGCAUCGGCAUCUCCUGCGCGAUGCACAUCUGCGGCCAAAUCAACGUGAUAGCCUGGAUAAUGCGCAGCCUCGCCGCCGACACCUUCGACAAGGCGAGCUUCGGUCGGAUCGUCGAGAAGCAUCUUCGCGCCAUCGCGUUCGCCAAGGAACUGGAAAACUUCUUGAACGGAAUGUGCUUCGUCGAGUUCGUUGGCAGUUGCUUCAACAUAUGCAUGCUCGGCUAUUACAUGAUAAUGGCUCGUUGAAUUGUCUUGCUCAUCUCGCUACGACACUGUUGAGCAAAUCUGCA